AUCAUCUCCGCCUACACUGAGACGGGCCAAGAGGAAUCGUCAAUCGUCGUUCCAUUGCAACGGGCGUACACCGGUAGAAUGCCUGUGAUAUCAUCCCGCCUCGCUGACACUCCCUGUGCUACCCUCGGUGUUCAGGGCCUCUUGGAUCAACUCAACAUCACACUGGGAACAUCACACACUCUCACUAGAUCCCUCUCCUCCCUUCUUAAAGAGUGCAUUGCAAACAACUACGACUUUGGCAUGGCAUAUGGCCGCCUCCGCCGGAUAUGGUACACCCGCAGCUGGAGCACUAUACGAUACAUACUGCGCGAAUGGGAAAAGAAGGACCGAAAGAUGCGAUGGAAAGCACUCGUCGGUAACCGGAUCGUCGAAACAAGGUUGCCACCUCGACGAGUCUGGGAUCUGUACAGUAAUCGGGUGGUGCCAUGGUGGUGCACAGGCAUAACCGAGCACUGGACAUUGAGGCUUCGGCCAAUAUCGCAUGCAUGGAUGGACGAGGAGAAUCGUGUCGAUGUGUGGACACCCAUAAACGGACACGAAUGGCCCGUUCCCAUCCCGAAAGACACCAGCCUCAAGCUGAUCCGCAUUGAGAUGCUCAAUCUUCAAGUGGAGUAUACAUGGUUGGAUGUUCUCUGUUUGAGACAGGUGGGUGGACAGCAGGAGGAUAUGCGUGCGGAAGAGUGGAAGCUGGAUGUGCCCACCAUCGGAGCAGUGUAUCAUAAGGCCAAGGUGGUGUGGUACUUGAGUGGGCUGGGUCGGCCUUUGAGUUUGAAGGAUGGCGACUUGGACAGUGAUCGGUACUGGUUUAGACGUGCAUGGACGCUACAGGAGGUUGGCAGGGCCAGGUACAGGGUGAUUGCUGGGGACACGCCACAUGGACCGAUGCAUGCCAAGCAUAAGGAUGGGAAGUAUGAGACUGAGCUACUGACCAGGUUUCACAGGCAGCUGCAGUCUGGGGAUGAUGUCGCGUACGGUACUAUAUUUGAUGUGCUGAAGGAGAUGCAGAUGCGGGUGUCGACCAACCCGGUGGACAAAGUCGCGGGACUGGCAUUUCUUCUGGACUCCGAGAUGAUACCAGCAUACUAUGAGAGCGAGUCUCUCGAGGACGCAUGGACAGCACUCGUCAAUUCGAUGCGUGCGGAGAUUCGGGGGUUGUUGUUCAUGUAUCCUGAACCGGGCAAUGCAGGCACAAAACAGUGGAGACCAUCGUGGGACCAGCUUAUGACGAAGCCUCUGCCCGCAGAUCACUGGUACUCCGACCUCAACGUUGGUCGGAAAGAGGAGAUAGGUAAAGACUCGUGUAAUGCGAAGUGCAUUGAAAAGGGGUUGGUGUGGGGGUUGGCUGUUGUGGAAGGAAGCAGUGAUCGAUGGGGGGAGCUGAUUGUUCAAGACGCGGGUGGGACAGAACAUACAUCCAACAUCACAGCCACCCACCAGUACCCGAUACCUGACGACACAUACACACUGAUUUGCGCUGGUAGUUGGUUGUCCCAAUUUUGCGUUGUCGGCCGAAGACUGCCAGGGAAAAGGUUUGAGAAAGUGUCAGUGUUGCAAAUUCCCGGUAAAGAUGAAUGGAGGCGGUUAAUGAAUAUUAGUGAAAAGUGUCGGUAUAGUCUUGUUUAAGUACAUAUUGUACUAGCUCUUCUUAAACCGAGUCGUUA